AUGUCAGGCAUCCCAUCCAGUGCAGCAUUUCUUCAUGGUGCAGGGUGGAAACGCGGCGCCGUCUCUGCAAACCUCCCACAUGCAAGCCCGACAGGAAAGAUGCUGCCACCUCUCCACGUUUGGGCACUGUUUUCUGUGUCGCUCCUGUGUCUCUGUCCGCCGGCUCAUCCGAGGAAGGCUUUCCGAUGCCCUUCGACAUGCAGCUGCUCCAAGGAGUCCAUUAUUUGUGUCGGGUCCUCCAAUGUCCCAAGGAUCAACCCCAACGACGUCGGUUCUCUGAGCAUUGUCAAUGGGACCUUCUCCGACGUCAAGGAGGCGAUGUUUGCGCACAUGCCGUCUCUCCAACUACUACUCCUCAAUUCCAAUUCUCUUACGACUAUAAGGGAUGAUGCAUUCUCCGGUCUUCCACACCUGGAGUACCUGUUCAUUGAGAGUAAUAAGAUUGAGAUUGCAUCCAAAUACGCCUUCCGGGGACUCAGGGACUUGACCCAUUUAUCUUUGGCAAACAACAACAUAAAAGUCCUGCCCAGGGAUCUCUUUAUUGACCUGGAUUCCCUGAUAGAGCUGGAUUUGCGAGGCAAUGCCUUUGAAUGUGACUGCCGUGCCAAGUGGCUGAUGACCUGGCUGAAGAACACCAACGCAACGGUGUCUGAUGUCGUGUGUGCCGGACCAGAGGACAUGAAGGGCAAGCGUCUCAAUGAUAUGGCCAGCCUACACAACGAGUGCAUCUCAACGGAUUUCAUCCUCCGUCAGUCUGUGGCAUCAGAGUCUCUGUCGAUUGACACAUUCAGCUUUAAGAAUGACGUCUAUUUGGCAAUUGCUGCUCCCAGUAUAGAGAGCUGUAUGAUUUUCCAGUGGGACCACAUUGAGAUGAACUUCAGGACUUAUGACAACAUCACAGGCCAGUCCAUAGUCGGGUGCAAGGCAGUGGUUAUCCAAAACCAGGUGUUUGUCAUUGUAGCACAGCUUUUUGGUGGAUCCCAUAUCUACAAGUUUGAUGAGGACCAGAGCAGGUUCAACAAGUUCCAGGACAUUGAGGUUUCCAAGAUUUCCAAGCCCAAUGACAUCGAAGCCUUCCAAAUCGACACCGAGUGGUUCUUUGUGAUCGCCGACAGCUCAAAAGCGGGCCUGUCCACCCUGUACAAGUGGAACGACAAGGGUUUCUACUCCUACCAGUCCUUGCAUGAGUGGUUCCGUGACACGGAUGCCGAGUUCCUCGACAUAGACGGGAAGGCUCACCUCAUCUUGGCCAGUCGCUCGCAGGUGCCGGUGAUUUACCAGUGGAGCAGGAGUAGCCGGAAGUUCGCCCUGCAGGGCGAGAUCCCAAACAUGGAGGACGUGGUGGCUGUGAAACACUUCCGGAUCAAAGGGGAACUGUACCUCGCCAUGACGCGCUACAUCGGUGACUCCAAGGUCCUGCACUGGGGUACCAAACAGUUUGCCGAGAUCCAGGCCCUGCCCUCGCGAGGCUCCAUGAUUUUACAGCCCUUCACCUUCAAAGAGCGUUACUACCUGGCCCUGGGCAGUGACUACACCUUCUCACAGAUCUACUUGUGGGACAGCGAGAAGAAACUCUUUGAACGCUUCAAGGAAAUUUACAUCCAGGCACCACGCUCCUUCACGGUGGUUUCUACCGACCGCCGGGACUUCAUCUUUGCCUCCAGCUUCAAGGGUACCACCCUGAUCUUUGAGCACAUCAUCAUUGACUUGAGCUUGUGAGCUGGUCUGGGGCUUGGGGGCUAGUCUGAGCCUUACUGCUCCUCCUGCAUCCAACGUCUUCCACCCUGAAAAUGUAAAUUUGUUGUUGUUUUUUUUUUAAAAAGGAAAUAAGA